UCGUUAGUUUCUCUGAACGGCGGCAGACCACAAACUUGCGGGAGAGACCUUCUCCCUCCCAAUUCUUCGGCUUCGCUUCUCUCUCUCUGUUCUCUCUCUCUCUCUCUCUCUCGAUCUCUCCAUUUGUCCAUUUCCCUUGCUUUGAUGAGGUGAGUCCAUGGCUUCCUUCUGAUCCGAUAGCUUUGAUUUCUUGACUUCUGCAACUUUUCAGCACCCGAUUGUCGUUCACAACCACUUGCUAUGGCAACGAUCGGGACCUGUUAACCCACCCGAGAGCUUAACUCGUGGUCUUGCUCGCCGUAAUUGACCUGUUUCAGUUUUUCGGGUGAAUCCUGUUGUGGUUUGAGCUGGAUUUGUUUAGGAAUUUGUGGGAUUUGAGGGUUUUUUUUCGGGCGAUGGAUGGUAAUAAGGAUGAGGCGUUGAGGUGUAUGCGUAUCGCGGAGCAAGCGAUUGCCUCGGGCAACAAAGAGCGCGCUUUAAAAUUCAUCAGGAUCUCGCACCGGCUGAACCCGAAUUUGCCCGUUGCUGGGCUGUUGGAUGCGUGCGAGAAGCUCGGUUCUGCUCCUCCCCCGUCCUCCUUUGAUGAGGGCUCAAUUAACACGACUGAGAACGGGCAUGGUUCGGCGAGGAGUAAGGAGUCUUUGAAUGGAGAGAGGAAUUACACUGAAGAACAUGUGCAGUUGAUUAAGCAGGUGAGAAGAAACCAGGACUACUAUGCGAUUCUUGGUGUUGAGAAGACUUGUUCAGUUGAGGAGAUUAGGAAGGCAUAUAGGAAGUUGUCGUUAAAGGUCCAUCCUGAUAAGAAUAAGGCUCCGGGUUCAGAGGAGGCAUUUAAGAAAGUAUCCAGAGCAUUCAAGUGCUUGAGCGAUAGUGAUUCGAGGAGGCAGUACGAUCAGACAGGGCUGGUUGAGGAAUUUGAGCCUAGCGUGCGGCACAAUGUUAGGAGGAGGAGGAGAAGAAGAACUGGGCAUGACUUGUUUGAGGAUGACUUUGAUCCAGAUGAGAUAUUCCGGGCCUUUUUUGGACAAGGGGACCUGUUUAGGGCAUCCCAUGCUUAUAGAACAGGACAAACAGCCAGCCGUCCCUGUCGGAGGGAGGAACCCGAUACAGCUGGGUUUAGUUUCAUGGUCGUUCUGCAGAUAUUGCCAUUCUUUAUCAUCUUCUUGCUGGCGUACCUACCCUUCACAGAGCCAGAGUAUUCAUUGUUCAAGAAUUACUCUUAUCAGAUCCCUAAGACGACUGAACAACAUGGAGUGGAAUUCUUCGUUAAAUCGUCAACUUUCGAUGCUCGCUAUUCACCGGGAAGUGCUGCACGUGCUAAUUUCGAGGAUAAUGUGAUUAAGGAUUACAAGAACAUGCUUCGGCGAUAUUGCCACGUAGAAAUGCAGAGGCGCCAAUGGAAUAAGAGGUUGCCUACUCCUAAUUGCAACAAGCUACAAAAUCUUGGAGUCGCCUGAAGAUGGAUCUAGCACUUCUUUCUUCUCGCGGGACUCUGUUUUAUGGCUGAAACUGGGAGGGCUAUCAGCAGACUUCAUCUAGGCAAGGCAUGCUCUCCACCGCUGCUGGAGAAUUUUGUUUCCAUUGGUUCAUCCCAGGCAUGUCCGUGUUGCCUAUAUAUAGAGUACGGAGAAAUCGUUUUUUCUAGGGUCUGGUGUCACCCGAAUUAUUCUUUGCUCUGAUGAUAUGAACAAAUAAUGCCUGGUAUGGAUCCAUGUAAAGGUCAGUCAUCAAAUUUACAUGUCGGUUGGGUAAGAAUAGAUCCUUUAUAUAAUAAUGAGUUGGAAUACCACAAUCAAAACUAUGCUAUCA